AUGUACAGCGCCGCAUCAACGCACAAACGUCGAAGGAGCGCACUUCGAGCGGACGAAAAGAGGAAUCCCGUAUCCCUGCUGGCUCAUGCUUCUUCCCGGCGCAUCCUGUCCAGAUUUUACGACGAUGCAUGCAGAGAAGCGGGUAGGAGUGGGCAAGGAAAGGGCAAAGAGAGGGCGUUGGAUGAGCUGCAAAAGAGGGUGACGGGACAAUUGGUGGGCGCUCACUGCGUAAGUACUCGAUGCGGCGGCGGUGGGCUCAUGUGCCUUGUCCCGUGAUACGUGAGCAUCAUCUGAGAUGUUUCUGCUUCCAUACCACGUCCUUCUCUACUGUUGCCCACGCCAACACAGCUUCAGAUCAUCAUGCCGACCGCCAGCUCGUCGCCGUCCAGCGUGCAUGCUCAGCGUGCCUCCUCCAGCAAAGCACCUACCGCACUCCCAUCCACCCUCGAUGCCCCCUCUACUCCAUCGCUGGCAAACUCGAGCGGCACUUCGGCGCUGAUAGUUUUGCGCAUCUCGGAUCUCUUGACGAAUGGCGUCCUGCUACAAAUGGCCAAGAGGCCAGAGGAUGAGUUGACUCUGAUCGCUAGCACCGCCAGCUCGAGCGAUGGGGAUACGUGGACGCUGGUGGACGGUGCGUCUGUCACAUUCUCAACGUGAUUGUGAUUGAAGCUCUUAUCGAAUCUAGUCCCGCUCACUCAUUCCUUGCUGCGACACACUUCCCAAGGUACAUUGCACCUUUCGGUCCAAAGAAGCACCUACCUCUCACUAGGUCUGGUGGGCAGACCAAGCUCUUUCUGUCGAACCUCGUCAGGCCGCUAUUCGGAUCGACGCUCAGGCUUGGUGGAAAGAUUUCGCAUCGACAUUGACAUCAGAGCCAAAUCCUUCGCCCCUGCAAAGAAGGGCUACGAGAGAGUCAAGAGAGCGCUACAAUGGUGGGAUUCGCACAGGAACAGCGACAUGCAUGCCUCUUGGGAAGUGGUGGGUUGUUGGAAUGGGCAGCAGAGCUGUGAGUCAGUCUGGGCGAAGGCAUGAUUUGUAGAGCAGUGAGCUUAUCCUCAUCUCUCCUGGGUGUAUGCGCUCGCACCAGUUCCCCUGCCCAUCGCAUUGGACCUCUCGACACGACCUCUUGUCAAGGAGAUAGAAGACGUUUGGGUACCCAACCUGUCAUACAUGUACCAGUCAUCUCUCGAUCAUGCAUCGUGCUUGGAUCAAUGGGAUCAGACAUGGCAGCAUAUAUCCGAGUGGAGCGCGCUUGUCAGGUUGGGAGUAGAAUGGUGAGCAGCAUGCGAGCAGACUCGAGAUGAGAUAUUGCCGAUUCAAACAAUAAUGUGUUGCCUCUGCCCGGGCGCAGCAUACGUACCUACGCACGCCCCAGCCAUACCUGCAGGCUGCCCACGGAGGAGUGGGAGCAACUCAGUGCCUAUGCGCAUGGGGUGAAGAUCAUCACUUACGAGGGUCCCCUUUGUCCCAGUCAAGUGCAGAGCAUUUUCUAUUCCUUGCAGAAAGAUGUGGAUGCCGAGGGACUCGAGGCGACGCAACGCAGAAAGGCGGGAGGGCCGCAAGAGAGAAAUCAGCAAAGGGAGGGCGAAAAAGACGUGGAAAGGUGUGAGGCGGAAAUACCGUGGGCCUUUGUAAGCUGCACCGCUUGGCAAGGAAGCUGCGUCGCUUGGCGAUCGAAGGAGAGCAAAACUGACCGAGCUGAGCCAAAGACGAAGGUGGGCGGGACUCGUCAGAGAAGAGGCGUGUGGGAACGCAACGAGGCGCAAGAUGAAGCCUGGCAACUCGACGACGAGCCGAGCGAUUCGGUUCCAUCUGGCACGGAGCAAGACGGCAUGUCUGUAGACUCCUCCAGCUCGGCCGCAGAGGCCGACGAUGCGCAUUGUGCGACUUUGGACCCGUCGCAAGCUGUAUGCGCAGCAGCGGGCGCGACAGGCGCAAAGAAGCGCAAGAAGACGUGGCAAGGGAGUGGAAAAGCGGCUCGACGAGCUCGAUCGAAGAGGGUGCAGAGGAGGGGUCAUCGAAGGGCUGGGGAGAAUGAGCACGCUAUUGAAGUUGCGGGCGGCGGCGGCACUUCUGCUGGUUGGUCCGUCCUGCUCUUCCCUUCCUGCAGCCCUGACCAGGCAACCUCUGGAUUGAGCGCGGACAAAAGUUGCAGUGCCAAGGAUGCAUGUUACCUCUCGAGCAGACCAAAGUGCAGGUGGAUGGCCUGCGAGAAUGUAGGCAUCGAUACGCGCAAUUGA